AUGGCCUCUGCAGAGUUUUCCGAAGAUCACUCGUCCUACAGCGACAAGCAGAUCGUGUCGAACGUCGAUCAUGGUAUAGAGGUCGUCAGACAGCCCUAUCCGGACGCCUAUGCAUAUGCCAACCCUAACAAUACCAACAACGACAGUUCAAAAGGCGGCAGUGGAGGUGGGGGUCUCGAAGCUGUUCAUCACCUUCUGCCCAACGAUCAGGAGAACCCUGCUUCGUCCAAGGAAAAGUCCAGACGAAAGAUCUGUGGUCUUAGCAGUAGGACCUUCAUAAUCGUGAUUGCCGUGAUCACGGCUUUGGUUGUGGCCGCCGUCAUUGGAGGAAGUAUAGGUGGCGUCCUGGCAAACAAACAUAGCUCAGACAGCGCAAAGGCCGACUCAGCAGAGACCAGCACCACGUCUCCAGCUCCUGCACUCUCGACAACGGUAACAACGACCUCGGCGUCAGCAAUAUCAGCCACCUCCGAUCCCGCUGUUUCCACGAGCAGUGCAUCCUCAUCCUCGACAACAAGCACAACAAGCACAACCAGCACCUCCACCUCUUCGACCGCUGCAGCCACAACCUCGAGCUCUGGCGAAGGAACCUACAAUUGUCCCGCAGACAACAACACAAACUACGUGUCCCCCUUACUCAGCACCGCGACCUGGACUAUCCUCUGCGACACAGACUGGCCGAGCGGCGUGGACUCGUUCAGCGGUGGCACCGUGGUGGACCUCACUGCCGUCAUUGCAUACAGUAUCGAAGCUUGCGUCGAUCAAUGCGCUGCGUACAACGUUGCGGGUGGGAAUUGCGAGGCGGUCGUCUACGGCGCCAACAUCACCCUUGCGCUGAGUAGGGGCGGAAUCCAGGGGAACUGCUUUCUAAAAAGUGACCGGGGAGAAGAGAACAUUGCCGACAACAGUGGACAAGUAGAGGCGGCGUAUCUGCUCUCGGCCAGUUGA